AGAUACAGCUUACACCAAAAUGUGUUAGUCAUACUCUGAGUCUGAUCUGAAAUGACCUUAGUCUAGUUCUAGACGAUAUUAAACGAAUUUAUUUGCACCGAUAUAUACGUUCUAUUUCGUGCGUACGCCCAGCCGAGUGUGCGCGCAAAACCGAGAACCUGUACUCCGAGGAAAUACAGGUUCUCGGUUUUGCGCGCACACUCGGCUGGGCGUACGCACGGAAUAGAACGUAUAUAUCGGUGCAAAUAAAUUCGUUUAAUAUCGUCUAGAACUAGACUAAAAUGACCUCCGCACCCGGACCUUCCGACGUAUCAAAAGCAUUUUAUAUAUAAUUACUUCUGCAUUACAUGGCAUUAUUGGCAAUUGGAAGGAUAGCACAGCUAUCACGAGCAGAAUUCGGCAGUUGGUCACUAUUUUCUGUAGCAAAGGUGAAUUUCUAGACAUCAUUUGAAUUCUUUUUUGCAUGCAUGCCAUGGGGCAAAUGAACGGAAAGAUCGCAUCUAACAGGAUGCCGCGGGAAGAGCCCAAGAUUGCGAAGGACGAUCUGGAGACCGCCACCUUUGCCAUGAGCUGAUUUUGGUUCCCCGAGGCACAGUUUGGCUGUGCCCCGGGGGUGGUCCGUACCAAGGUCGGGUACACGGGUGGAAGCAAGAAGUUUCCCACCUACUACAGCCUUGGGGACCAUACAGAAACCGUGCAGAUUGAGUUUGACCGAACCAAAACCAGCUACGAGAAGUUGCUGAAGAAGUUCUGGGCGAACCAUGACAGCACAACUUGCCACAAGAACCAGUACAUGUCAGCUAUCUUCUACCACGGCGAGAAGCAGAAGGAAGUCGCUGAGAGCACCAGGGAUGAACAUCAGAAGAUCGUCAAGAGACAGAUCCAGACAAAGAUCAAGCCAGCAGAGACAUUCUAUGAUGCAGAAGAUUACCACCAGAAGUACAUGCUCCGUCAGCAACGCAGCCUGUUCCAGAGCCUCAUCUUCAAGCCCAAUGAGGAGGUGUCCUCCUACACUGCAGCGCGCCUCAACGGAUACCUCGGCGGCUUCGGCAAGCUCAAGGAUUUUGAGGCGGAGCUGGAGUCCCUGGGCCUUUCCGAUGAACAGGAGCAGUAUGUCCGUGCUAAAGUCAAAGGUGGUGGCCUCAAUUAGAACGAAGGACCUUCUAGUACAAGGAUUCUACAUGGAAUGGACUUUUAAUACAUUGGUGCCACACGUAUCAUGUUCACCAGAUUUGGAUGAAGGAAGAAAGACAUAGCUUCUUUUGGUGACAUUAAUCAAGUUUGGUGUGAUUUAUAUAUAUUUGUCAGAGUUCUGUUACUGAUUUGUCAAUACCAUUUGAUUAUUUCCAAUGAUCUUGUUGAAGUUAUACAUGCACUUCUUUCAUUUAGGGCUAGGGAAAGAAUGUCAAUAUUGGUGCCUCAAUUUAAUAUUUCUUUUAGCUUGAUUCUUUUGUGUGUGCUCUGAUGAAUCUAAAGUCCAAUGGGGUUUGCCAAUCAUUUAUUUUCAUAUGAAUUGUUUUUGUAAGUACCAUCAUGCCAGCAAAAAUAUAUGCCAACAGUUUUGAUUUGAUAUGCAUGCAUAUCAUUUUCACUGUAUCUACUUCCUGGUCUCCCCAGCGUUGCAAGAACCAUUAUGCUCUGAAUAUGUGUGUCAGAUGAUUUGUGAGUUGUGUCCUUGCCAAUUUUAUUCCCAAUAUACUUGUGUUUGGUUACAAGGGGUGCGCCGUCCUGAAAUGAAUAUGGUUUCAGUUAUCAGUAAACGUAACAAGUUUCAUCCUAAAUUGAUGAAAUGAUGAACUUACCGCAGUUUUGAGUUACUUAGUGCAUUAUUCAAGUGAAACAGCUGUUUGCUUGUCAUUAUAUACCAUAUGCAAUGAAUCAGCUGAUGAUGUCAUUCUCCUUACCUUUGUUUUAUGUUUUUCUGUGAAAUCAAAAUUACUACCAUCAGAGAAACAAAAUUAUUACAAUUAUUUCUCAAGAAUUUCUAUUAAUGAAUUGGCCCCUUAUUCUGUAUGUGAGGUAAUCAUUUUUAAAAUUCUUGAGGAAUAUUUUCUACAUGUACGACAAAAAAAAAGAAAUUAUUAAGGGGUUUACUGUGGUAAAUUAAAUAAAAUACAAGUAUACCAUAGGCAAAUGUGAAUGGUAUUGCAUCAAUAAAGGGACUACAUGAAUUGUUGCCAAUCUACAGAGUUUAUUGUAUGAGUACAAAUCAGUAUACUGUUCUUGCACUCAAAAUAUACUUCAGUCUGUACCUUGAAUUAUCUUUAUUCUUGUGUCAAUAUAUUUGUAAUCUAUGGACUUGUUAAGAAGUGUUUAUUGGGAGGAAAACAGAAAGUUUCAGAAACCGAAAGGAAGCUGACACCAGAGAAUAAAGCAUUGAAGGGGUCAUGACUUUGAUAUGUAUAAUAUUCAUGUUUCCUUAUUUAAGGCCAAUAACCUGUGUUAAAACCACUUCUGAAACUGCUUUCAACUUAACUACAAUAUCAACUUCAUUCAUGAUCGAAAGUUUCAUCAGUUGCGCAAUAUAUUAUGUAAUGUUAUCAUGUGUUAUACAUAUUUCUUCCUGAACUCACUGGCCCGUAUUCUGAAGUCAGGUUUAACUUAGACUCAGGUUUAAAAUUGUGGUUUGAGUAUGGGAAGCCAAUUGUUACAUAAAUCACUAACAGUAGAGAUAUCAUAUUUCUGCUCAUUUGGCUCUCAAAUCAUUCAUAAUUGUCUAGGAAGUAUAAAUAGAUGAUUGUCUUCACCAUCGAUGAAUCAGGAAAGAGCGCAGUAAACAUACGAAACACACAACUUAAUAAAAAUGUUGAUACUUUUGGCUUCCCAUACUUAAACCACAACUUUAAACCUGAGUUUAAGUUAAACCCGACUUCAGAAUACGGGCCACUAUCUUUAGUCACUAACAAAUAUGGCCUUGUUUCUGUGAAAUGUAGCUUGGGAAUGGCCACUAUCGUUUAGUUGCUCUGCAGUUUAUUUCAAAGAAUUUUUGUCGAGAAAAAAAAAGUGCUGACCCACAUAUUUUGCUCCUUUAGAAAUAUCUCUUCAUGAAAGAUUUUCUGUUAAUUGUAGGUGCUGACCAACACCGCAUUCCUCAAGGAAAAAAAAUGUUUCUUGAAACUAUUUUAUAUAGGCCACGUUUAUUGAAACAAAACAGCGUAUAAAGUUAUAACCCUCUCAUUAAAAGCCACCCUAUAUAAAGUAACGAGUUGAGUUUGCACCCUCCAUUGAUCCUACUGCCUACUGGGCUACAAUAAUCUCAAAAACAUCUUUAAAGGCCGCUAAUCCUCUGUAUGGCAGUAUCUUUCUUUUUGUUUUGUUGGUCUCACAGAUUUUAAUCAUUUAGGGAUUCAACCACAUGUUGAACAUGGGGAAAACACCCAAUUCAUAACCCAAUAAUCUUUUGUGGAAACCCUGAACAUAUUUCAAUUGAAAUUAGAAUAAUUAAGGUGACACUUACUUCGCUCACAAAUUUCUCGUUGGUAUCAAUCAGGAAGCAAGGGUUCUAAAGAACUGUGUGAAAUUCCGAGGAAGAAAAAGGUGUAGUUAUUUUUUAAACAGUUAUGAGUGAAACAAACGAAAGGGAACUUGUGAUGUUAAUUAUAGGAGUUGGUAUUGGUUUCAUCACAUUGGCAACUAUUUUGACAGAAAUAUAUGCAAUUGAAGGUUUUAAUCAUGUGAUUGAUUUUUAGACUAAUUUUUAAUUGUUGGAAACGUAGCUAUGCUGGUCUUUCACUUUCUUUUUGUGUCGAGUAUCAGAUUCAUGUUUGAACAUGUUUACAAAACGUGGAUAAACCCGUUCUUCUAGCACAAAUGCUUCAUUGGUGACCUAAUAAUCUAUUUAUAUAUAUAUUUCAGGGGAUUUUCAUGACGUCACCCAUAUCUUGUACUAUGACCUCUUGUAUGUCAGAGACUCAUCGUUAUUAUAGCAGGUUUAUAAAUGGUGGAUUUCAAUGUUAUUGAUGUAUAUGAACCGUGAGGCUAAUAGACUAGCUGUGGUAUGACAUGUUGAAUAGCGCAGUAGGGGAAUCCCAGAACAUUAUGACGUGGCUUGGUAAACUCGGUUAUUGAUCGAAGCCGACUCACCGAUGACGACUUGUCUGGAUUUCUAUCUACUUUAUUCAGCCAGACAUUCCUUACACCUCGUCUUUUAGUCAAUAGAUUCAUUUUAUGAGAGAUUUUGCGGGACAUAUAUUUAAUAAUUAUAUUGCACAAUAAUGUUGAUAUACAUGUCGUAAUUAAAUUUGGUCCUGCAGCUUGUUUAUUUUCACUAUGAAAACAA